AUGUUCUUCAGAUCUCAGGGUUUUGAUCGAGAAGCUCUGCGAAAUCGACGGCAGCAAGGACACUCUUCAUGGCCGAGAACCGUCGUUAGGAAGUGGCUAAACUUACGUAGCGGUGCUUACGAGUUUCACUCCGAUUACCCACUCAAAGGGAAGAUGGAGCCAACUCAGCCGAGGAAAAAAAGUUUCUCGGACGGUGAUUACUGCAUGAUCGUGCCGGAAAAGUUUCCCGGUUGGCUGGGCCAAGCUAAUGGGGAUUUAAAACAAUCAAGCGGUGAACAACAUGUGCCGCGUGUUGAUGACAAACUUGAUCUCAAAUAA